AUGGAGGAACACAUGAUGGGGCACAACAAGCAGAAGCGAUAUGAUUGUGACGUGUGUGGCAAGGUCUGGCAGUACCCGAGUGAGCUGGAGACCCACCGGCGGGUUCACACGGGAGAACGCCCCUUCAACUGCUCGGACUGUGGCAAGAGCUUCACCCGCUACAGCAGCCUUCUGCGGCACAACCGCGUGCACUCCAGCAAGAGGGCCUUCACCUGCUCCGACUGCGGCAAGAGCUUUAAGCGGGCGAACGACUUGAAGAUCCACAGGCGGGUGCACACCGGGGAGCGGCCCUACACCUGCAGCAACUGCGGCAUGGGCUUCUCCCUCUCCAACAGCCUGCUGGUGCACCAGUGCACCCAUACCGGCGAGCACCCCUACACCUGUACCCAGUGUG